AUGGCUGAAACCGCAGAGAUUUUGACCGUCACGGUCCACCACCAUGGCCAGGCACACCCCAUCGAGCUCCCCGCAGAAGCCACCCUCCAAGACCUCGCGACAACCCUCGCCUCUACCUUCCACAUCCCGCUCGAGAACCAGAAACUCCUCAUCGCCCCGAAGCCCGGCAUGCAGAAGGCUCCCUUCCCGCCAACCGCCGUAGCAGAGAUCCUUCCGCUCUCAUCGCCAAAGCUGAAAAUCACCCUCCUCGGCACACCCAUCAAGGAAAUUGACGAGCUCAACACACAAGGCGCCGAAACCCGUCGCCGCGACGAGAAGCGCGCUGCCGUUCGCGCCGAUGCACGCGCACGCGCUCGCACGUCCGGACGAACAACAGGAGGCGGCGCAAUCCACACCAUCUCCAGCGCAGGCAACAACUACACCUUCCACCGCCUCGAACCCCUCCAACACCUCCCGAACCCCUCGCGCUCCUUGACGUUCCUCGCCCGCCUCCGCGACGACCCGGGCAUCCGCGCGGCAAUGGCAAACCAUCGGUUCUCCGUCCCGCUGCUCACGGAAAUGGAUCCGGCCGAACAUACAACCUCCGAGUCGCGAACGCUCGGGUUAAAUCGGAAUAAGGGCGAGGUCAUCGAGCUGCGGCUUCGGACGGACGCCUACGAUGGGUAUCGCGACUAUCGGACGAUUCGCAAGACGUUGUGCCAUGAGCUCGCGCAUUGCGUGUUUAGUGAGCAUGAUCGGGAUUUCUGGGAUUUGACGAGUCAGAUUGAGAAGGAGGUUGAGAGGGCGGAUUGGAAGCAUGGUGGGCAGAGGGCUGGGGGUGCGGAUGCGGAGUUUUAUAAUCCGGAUGAUUGGGAGGCUGAGAGGGAAGGCGAGCAUGUUGCUGAUGAGAGGGGGUGGGUGGGGAGUUCACAGGUUCUGGGUGGAGGCUCACCUGGUGGUGGAGGCGGCGGGGGUAUGAGGGAGGUUUUGGCGCGAGCCGCGGAGGAAAGGGCCCGUAGGGCGAGGGAGGAUAAGAGGGAUUCUUCAUCAUGA